AAUUUGCUCAACGCUGGUCUGGCAACGCUGGUCCUUGUUGAUGCAACACAUUUUUAUGAAAAGCAUUUAGGAAAUAUUGCAAGUCCUUAAUAAAAACCUGCGAUGUUGGCCCUGAAAACUGUCACACAGCUUUUCAAGCAGACUCUGGCGACGGGCAACAUUGCUAUUGUCAAUACCGCCGGCCUUAAAUACUUUGCUCCGCCCAUCAAAUACAAGAAUGUGGAGCAGCCGGAGCGGCCCAAGCUAAGGAUCAUGGAGCGCCAGCCGCAAUUGCCGCCGAACAUCCGUCCGCCCAAGAUGCAGAAGCGUCUGCGUUACAUGCGCGGCCCGGAAACGGUGCACAACACCCUGCUCCACAAGCAGUACGCCAUCGUGGCCACGGGCGGUGGCCGUCUGCGCUGGGGUCACUACGAGAUGAUGCGUCUGACCAUCGGCCGGAAGAUGAACGUUAACACCAUGUUUGCCACCUGGCGCGUGCCCGCCCCCUGGCAGCCGAUCACCAAAAAGGGACAGGGCCAGCGUAUGGGCGGUGGCAAGGGUGCCAUCGAUCACUACGUAACGCCCAUCAAGGCUGGCCGUGUCAUUGUCGAGAUUGCCGGCAAGUGUGAGUUCGUUGAGGUCAAAAAGUUCCUGCAGCAAGUGGCCAAUCAGCUGCCCUUCCAGGCCGCUGUCGUUUCCCAGGAGAUGCUCGACGCGCAGCAGGCUGCGGAGGAGGAGCAUGCGCGCACGAACAGGAAUCCCUUUACGAUGAAGUACGUCAUCCAGAACAACCUAAACGGCUGCCAUCGGUGGCUGUCGCCCGUCGAUCACAAGUGGUUUGGCAAGCACUUGUAAGGAUGUUUAGUUUAUGUGUUCCCCUUAACCUUUACCGAUUAAUAAACAAAUCUUUGUUAAACUGUUUAAAAA